UGGAAAUCAUUAAUCCGUCAAAAGCUAAACUAAACAUAACCUCAAAGUUAUUUAUAUAAAUCUUAAAAUAUCUCUUUACUAGAUUUUUAUAUUUUUCAACAAUAUGGCUGCAGAAAUUCAAAAGAAAUUGCAAAAGGAACUCGAAGUGUUUAAUAGUCUUCAAAAGGAAUAUCAGAAGGCAGUUUCGCAAAAGCAGCAACUAGACGGCCAAUUAAAUGAAAACAAAGCUGUUAAAGAAGAGUUAAUGCUCUUAAAGAAAGAUUCUGAGGUAUAUAAACUUAUUGGGCCCGUAUUAGUUAAACAAGAAUUGGAAGACGCAAGACAGAAUGUAGCUAAACGAAUGGAAUACAUAAGCAAAGAAAUCAAAAGAACAGAUGUUCACAUCUCCGCAUUAGAGAAUAAGCAAGAGGCAAUCCAAGAAAAUGUUAAUAAGCUUCGAAAUAAUCUUGGCAAUUUAAAAAUAGCAGCAUAAACAUCAUAAAAUAAACUUGAAUUAUAUUAAAAACUAUUCAUGUAAUUAUCCUCACGUCUUUAUUUUCCUUAUUUGCAGUUCUGGGAAAUAGUUAAAAUUAAUUUUCUUGAAUACUUUAUUAAGCAUUUAUAUUAGCAUGUGAGUUAGAUGCUUUUCUAAAAUAUUGAUUCAACUAAAUAUAAAUUUCCUCCAGUGUAUUUUAAGUUAUAUGUAUGUACUCUGUCCUAAGCCAAAAUAUGGUGUGCAUAAGAAAAAAUAAUUCUAUAAAACUUACCAAAUCAAAGUGAUCAUUUCCUCUAAUGAUAUUGCAAGGAAACUUAUACUAAAAGGGAUUUAUUAACACAGUGUAGAAUAUAUUGUAUUUCUUUUUCUGGUAAUUUAAACCAUUAUUUGUCUAAAAUUAAUUUUAAUGAUUUAAAUA